UCGCGAGGCAGUUGGGGGGGGUUUGGAUGCCGGGGAUGUAUGAACCAUUGCGCCUUGUCUCCGACACCUAUCCUGGUGUCGUUCCCGGGGUAAAAGCCCAGGGUGUCAUGGCCCUGCUCAUCGCUGUGUCUAUCCUCUGGGCGUUAAUAUGGCUGUCUUACCGCGCUUACCAGGUCUGUGUGACUCCGAAUGAUGUUCUUGUCGAUAAGCUUGGAUUAGACAUCCCUCCAACCCCAGAGGUGACGCUGGAAGAUAUCGGUAGUCGAGAGAUUCGUAUUGCGUGGAAGUAUCCAGAUUUGCAUAAUUCGAUUCAUAAGCAUGUCAUUCAGGUGAAUGGAGUUCGAGUUGGCGAAUCGAAACGUUCCGAAACCGCGGUUUCUAUUUUAAACCUUCUCCCAGGACAUAUUUAUCAUCUUUGCGUUAUUGCGAUUAGUGCCGCUAAUUUUCAGACCUCGAGUGCCGUGCUGCACGUCCGGACGAGUCUCGAUCCCUCUCAGAAUGAAGGCACCGGUGCCUGUGGUGGGCCGUACAUUCAGGCCUAUUCGCCUCGACCGUCGUCGCUCGUAUCACCAUCAGCUCCGAUCAUGUCGCGAGAACACAGUAGCGGGCCUGCCCAGGCGAAACGCGCCAGCGGUGGAAGAAAAGUCGCAGCUUCAACUUCAGUCCCUGAACAUACGUCAUCAAAUACCCCAUGUGAUGAUGGCAAAGGGACUAUCAUCGAAGACUCGGAGGAAACUGUUGAACAACUUGCUGGGCGUCUCAAAAACUUGCAGCAGGAAAAUGAUACUUUAGACAAACAAAUAUGUCAAGAAGAAAAGGAAUAUGAAUCCUUACUACGGGAACUCGAAGACCAGCGAAAUGAGUUACGGCAGCGAGUCAAGGAGAAGGAUGAAGCCAGUGGCGAUCUUCGGAAACAUGUUAAUAAACUAGAGAGUGUCAACCGCAGCGUUCAAAGUGAGCGAAGUAAACGGGAGAGGCUGCUUCAACAGAAAGAGGCUGAGAAGAAGAAGCGCUCCGACGAUGUUGUACGAUGGGACGAAGGAAUCUCUGAAAUGAGGAAAAUGCUGGAAACAUUGCAGAAUGAAAAAGCACAAAUUGAAGAUGAGUCAGAGAAACGAAUUGCCGAAUAUCGUACCAAAAUCUCCCAAGAGCAAGUGGAAAUGAAAUCUCUCGAAGAUGACAUCAAAGUCAAAGGCAGUCGAAUCAAGAUGUUAGAGGAAGAAAGACGACUCCUCGAGGGUGGAGAUAACGAGGAAACUCAGGAGUUAGAUCGGCUGGAGAGGGAACGCGAUCGACGCUGGGAGGUCAAAAUGGCUAAUCUACGGGCUCAGUAUACUUCCUUGAUCAAUGUCCACACUCAGGCUCAGCAACAAUACUAUGAGGCGCAAGAACGCCUGAAAUGGAUUACAACCCAACGGUCUAAUUCAGCUGUACCCUAUGCACCAGUUCCAACCAUGGAACUGGAUUUGGCGAGGAGGGCAAACUCGUAUCGGCGGAAUCGUCAUCGUAGUUCGCUUACGAGUAAUGUCUCUUCCCCUCUUGGCUACCCUGUCGCGGAUACGACGUUCCAAAACCCGAGCGGCUACAGGCAGCUCGGGACCGCUUCUCCAACAGUCCCGCCAACCUCUGCCUUCUUCAAUAUCAACAAUGGAAUGACCAUCCCCGAUCCCACCGAUCAGAUGAGCUCGGUCCGUACCGAACCAAGCAACCCUCCCAUGAGCCCACGAGCAGAUGCAUUGCUCCCCUCCGAUUUACUUGGGGAUGAAGACCAAUCACCUCGAUCUCCUCAAGAAUCCACUGAAUUUCCCACCCUACCCGUUUCAGCUGCCCCUUUUCAGGGUCUUCUCCCUACGUCGCCAUCUCCGGUUUCUGGCGGUAGCCAUCCUCCUAGCCUCUUUGCAAGUCCCCGUGAAAGUCUGGUUAAUCUUCCCGAAAGCGAACGCAAGCCCACUCAACCACCCGUGUCGCAUGCGCCAUCGGACGCUGCCCAAAGCGCAUCACGAAAAUUGUCAGGAUUGUUCACAUUCAAUCGGCAGCGCGGUAAAACAAUGGCAGAUGGGCCCCUCCUGGGCUCCCUCAAGCCUGGACAAAGCCAAUCGUUCCCGCGGAAUAUGGACCAAGAUUUUGACCCGAUAGGAACCCGUCGUCGACGUUUGAGCUACACAGGUAGCUGGGCAAAUCCGAUGGCAACACUUUUCCCUCGGAGCUCGACAGCUGUGACUGCCGAUAGCUCUUCUGACCGUGUGCCUGCAUCGCGAAAAGCCAUGAUUCCUAGUUUCUUUACAACAGGAAAGUUUUCGUCAACGUUGGGUAAAUCCGAGUCCAGCUCCGGGUACAACCAAUUCAGCCCCACGCAUGAUCCUAUUGAUCCAUCAAUUUUUGGGGCCGUCCGCCGUGAUUCACUAUCCCCUAGACCAGCUUCAACCUAUUCCUUUGAUAAAUUUCUCCCUCGGCCUAAUUCCGAUGCUCAACCAUUUGGGUGGCCUCCCUCUGAGAUGCACAGGAACAGCCCCCUCAACGUGGAUUGGUCUACCCCUGGAGGAGCGUGGUCACGUAGUCAGUCGCGACGUCCCUCGUUCCAACUCGGGUCGUCAAACCAUCUUCCGCUAACCAUGCCACCGUCGGAUAUGGAUUUUUUGGAGGCACCUUAUGAGCCACAGCGGCCAGUACAAGCCCCAAUUGGAACCCGGCCUUCCUCAUCGCAUCGGCCAAUGACUCCGAAGCUUAACCCCGCUGCACCCUCUUUCAAAACUCUUUUCAAUAAGAAAUCUGAGAAGUCAAAGGGUAAAGAUCCAGAUACUUCAAAAGGGCGUGAUGAACCGCAGCUGGAGGACACGUCUCCCGUGGAAUCCCGCCGAUCAAAGGACGCAAGAUCCAUUCGCACAUCCGCAGCUGAAUCGCAUGAGUCACUGGAACGUAUCUCGUCCGGGGCCCCAUCCGAGGCCAUCAGUACGAAAGAGUCAUUUAUCCAAAAGAUUACUCGUAAAGGUAGCUCUAGCAAAUUUAACAUGCCUUGGAAGGAUCGAGCUAGUUUGUUUUCCAAAAGGGGCGACUCUGCCACUCAGGUAGACGUGGAGGACGACGGAACGAGUGAAAUACAACUCGGAAAAAGCAUCGACAGUGCGGUCUCGAGCACGCCAUCGGUGGAAAAGUCAAGCAAGAGCGGAUUCAACCUCAGUUUCAGACGGAAACUAAAGAAGUCUGAAAGGGCUACAGGCGAGAGCAGCGAGAGGGCCAGUGAGAACGGAGACGACGAUGUCUUUGAAGAUGUUUGAGGAUGUAGCCUGUAUAGCAUCAAGACAAUAGAUGUAUUUAUACGAGGUACUGAGUCCUGAAGUUAAUACAAGCAUACAUAUUCUGAAUGUCACA